AUGUACGUUAAGCCGUGUGGCGAUGCGCAUUUCACUUUGUUGUUCUCACAUGGAAAUGCUGUGGAUCUAGGCCAGAUGUGUAGUUUUUAUUACGGAUUGGGCUUUCGACUUGGCUGCAAUGUUUUUAGCUACGAUUAUUCCGGAUAUGGUUGUUCGAGUGGUAAGCCAUCGGAGAAGAAUCUUUAUGCGGAUAUUGCUGCAGCACUAGCUGCUUUACGUUCGCGAUAUCAGAUGUCGCUGAACCGAAUUAUCCUUUACGGCCAGUCAAUAGGUGAGUUCGAUUUUCAGCCCCGUCUGCUGUUGUUCAAGAGUAGCAGUAAUGAUCAAGUUGCCGGUGUUAGCGAAAAUUUGUAUUUAAAGAAUGUCUGUCAAAGUUUGAAGGAAUUUAUAAGAGUAAUGUACAAAAAAGUCUGUGUCUGUUGCAUCUGA